CGAUUUUGGAUUUAUGCAAUGAAUAUUUGAGUAUUUAUGUAAGAAAAUGUUAAAAAUGAUGUCGGGAAUGCCCAUAAAUCUAACAUUACCUGAUCUAAGUCAUUUAACAGAUGAAGAGAAAAAAAUAAUCCAGAAUGUUAUUCAAAGACAAAAAAUAGAAGAGGAAAAAGAGACAAAAAUUAGGAAAUCCUCCUUAUCCCAAACUAGAUCUUCCAAAAAAAUUCCCGGGUUCUUCUCGAAUCCAACGUCGCCCUCCCGGGACUUCAAACAGUCAGCCAUGUCUCUAACGUCGAAGCUUCCUCUUGAAUUGGGCGCAAGCCAUUUAGUUUCGUUAUUCAGACCAUCUUCAAAGGCGGAUCCCGCCUCGAGCCUUCCUUUUUCGCCUUCCUCAUUUACGCUACCCCAAUCUAUAACUAAUAACACUAACUUGCCGCUUCCGUACUCCGCCAGUACGAGUGGAAAUAGCCACAGGCGUAUGCGAAUUAUUUCGAUAGCGGAAUUCGGCAAGAAACCUCAUCGCAAAUCUUCCGAUACAGGUGCCCUUUGCGACGUUUGUGGUAAAACCAAAUUCGUCGACGGAGCCGGCCAUCUUUGUUCUUAUUGCAAGCGACUCUCUUGUGCUCGGUGCGGGGGAAAAGUGCCACUCAAGCCGUCAUCUCCCCAAAGUAUUUGGGUCUGCCUGGGCUGUCGCAAGAAACAUCAAUCCGUCACCAAGACCGGAGAUUGGUUGGAAAAGGUUUCAACUACCGAAUCAACGCAAAAUCCAGAGGGUUCAUCUAGAGGCUCUCUGACGGAUACCUCAAUUUCUGUCCCCUUUCUAUCCAACACACCUUCCAGAAACGGUAGUAGCGGACAUCACCUAUCCUCAACUCCUUCUCACCUAGGUCUCAACAAUUUCAACAAUCUAUCUUUCUCGUCUUCACCUACACCCCCCUUGUUCUCUGACGAUUCCGCGAGGGACCAGGAUUCUAGACGAGAUUUUAACAAGGACUUUAACCGACAUAAUGCAACCAAUGCCUCUGAUUUAGAAGUGACGCCCAAGGCAAACGGUAUCAACCACAACUAUGAAGGUAAUGCGUUACUCGAUUCUUGUUCGAAUACAGUGAAUUACUAUGGAAACGAUCAUAAUGUCGAAGAGAAUGAGGGACGCUCAAUUGUUCCCAAUGUUUCUCCCGCCUUGGCCACACCUCGCGUUAAUAUAAUGCUAAGCGACGCGGAAGGCGUCUCUCGCCAAACGCUCAACGAUAAUGAUGUUUACGGGUACGACGAACAUCGCGAAGAGGAAGCGGAUGGGGAAAGAUUAUUAUGUCAUUCCAGAUCAACGAGCUCCUUUAAUAAGCAUCAGCAGCUUCAGAGGAGAAGGAAGAAAUUGGCGUCUUCCAAUAUAGUCCACAGUCCCAAAUCUUCUCCUAGUAGGACCGAGCCAGGAAUGGUGACGCCCACUGUCCAGAUAAAUAACUCCGUCGAUUUCAACCUAUCCGACCCCGAGGUCUCCAGUAACGAUAAAAUAAUCGCCGUCUCAUCCGAAACCCUAUGCCCGAAUGCUAGGAAUCGAACCAAUUCUGUCGAAGGAUUUCCCUACAUUCCCAAGGAGGAUAACAACCACUUAAAACCUCUCGAAAAAACGUACCUUACCGACGACCGACUAAAAUCCAAAAUUAGGGGGUUCGACGCUCGCCCAUCGCUCGGUAAUCAAAGAGUUCCUCGCUACGAUUCGCUGAGUUCGGAGCAGAGCGAAGAACCGCAUCGCGUCAAGUCGAAUGCCCACCAUAUCCGAAAAUAUAAGCCCCUACCUGGUCAAAAUAAUGAUUCAAUGCAUUCCCCCAGAGGGGGUCAAUUUAUCGAGCCUUAUUACGGGCGCGAAGCGGAAGAGGAAGACUACGAUAUCAAAUCGACACCCCUUUCGAGUUGCGACGACGGAGAUAAGGAAACCGAGAGCCUGCUCAGUUUAAGUGAAAGGGAGCUACCAAACAGCCAUUCUUCGCCCAACAGGAAGCAGCAGAGAAUCACAGAGUUCCCUGAUAGCUACUUAUCGCCCACCACCCCAUGUCAAAUGAAGUCUAAGCGAUACGAACAAGAAGCUAAAUUGGAAUCGCUCAAUUCCAAUGGACAAGAUUUAAAUCUAGCUAAGAAUAACAAUAUGCAUAGCGUAGAAUGGAUGCCUUCCCCGAAUGGCACAGAAAUGUUGGGCAGAAUUAUUCUUUACAAACCAAUUACAACUUCGAGCUAUGAAGCGACAGGAACUAACAAAGUUCUAAACAACUUGCUUGGGUUGAAAAUUAUUGGAGGACAAGAAGUUCCGUCAUACUUACCUUCCGCCAGAUGGCGCAAGAGUGCUAUUGUGGAUAAAGUGAAACGGGGCAGUCUGGCUGAUACUGUGGCGAGGCUAAGGCCAGGUGACGAAAUCAUCAGCUGGAAUGGUCACUUGUUAAGGGACAAAAGUUAUGAAGAGGUCUCGCAAAUUAUCUCGAAAUCCAAGCAAGAAUUUAAAGUCACUUUUCUCGUCAGUAGACCUAUACAUUCCUUAGUCGUCAGCGAGCCCAGGAGCGACCGUAGGAUAGAAAACAACGUUCCCGAAAGUUACCUCGAUUUCAACCUCAAAUACCGAAGGAAAUUUAUUCAUAAUAAUCGUGGUUACAACGCUCGUCCUUCUUCUAAUCUAUCCCCCAUAUUUUCGCCCCCAAAGUUGUCAGGGCUAAGCACCGCUACCGCUUACCAACCCGCCUUUCAAAGCAGCGAUUGGGUAAAUGUGCCAGGCGUUUUAAGCGUCGAAUUCCUAUUGAGCCCAGAUCAAUCCGACCCCGGUCUUUGUUCCUUCGGCAUGAGGAUAAUUUCGGCCAAGGAUCUUUACUCCUCUUCCACCUCCUCAUCCUUUUCCCUUCCUUCUUCCGUGACUAUAACCGCCCAAGAUGCGAAUCUAGGAAUUCCUUUCGUCAAAAUUUAUUUUUCGUGCCAAGGCAAAGAACCUAUAGAAUUUUCGACCAAAGCGGCGAAUCAAUAUUCCGCCGUCUCUCGUUCCUGUAUCUGGGAUCAAGCUUUCAACGCCGGAAUUCACGAAUUCCAGGAACUAUGCCAUUCUGCCUCGGUUCACUUCGUAAUUUUUACGACUGCCACUGCCAAUAAUCUUUCGAUCCCGAAAUUCGACGAAGGGGAGCAGAACCCAUUUCUGGUAUUGGGAGAGGCUUUUGUCAAGAUCCGUUCGCUGAAUUUGAAGCUAGGUGUACGAGAUAAGGUCAUAUUGGAUUUACCUCUAUUCAUUCAUGCCUCCGUUUAUCACGAUACCCGCACCAGAAACGCCAGAACACUCAUGAGCCAUCCCACAAAUAUGACGGGCGGCUAUUACAGCGAUAGGGAAGAUCUCAGAACAGCGUACUCUUAUCGAAAAGAAAACCCACCCGAAACUGAAUAUGUCGACAAAUCUUCCAGGUCCGAUGAAACGGGUAGAAUAUUUUAUCGUUCCAUCAGCGAUUACGAGGAAGACCUACCCAGUUCUGCUCAACACUCCUCGCUCACUUAUAAACCACCUAUCAACGAUCCCCGUCAUUCCGCAAAACAAAUCAUCGACGCUCGCCUGUUAGGGACAUCGCCACAUUUUUUCGAUGAAACCGCGCCCAACGGGAGGAAAUGGUCGAGUAUAGGGAAUUUGGAAUACCGACCAUCAUUGAGGGGAUAUGCACACUUCACCGAAACAUCGAAAGUUCCCGAUAGGCGGCCUUUAAGACACGAAUCUUCCCUUUCAGGCGAUGAACGGAUACGUAGCGAGUACCCUUCCUAUCUGUCACCAUCCUACGUCGCCUUUUACGGCCGAAAUUAUGACAAUCCGAACAUCCAUUCUUUUCUUCCUCCCCGACAUCAGAAAUACUCGGAUCACUUUUCCUACGCGUUCCAUCGAACGAACCCGCCCCAUGUUCUGGAUAGCUCUAAUGAUAGACGCGAAGAAUUUUACAGGAGAAUGCUGCCCCGAAUCCCUCUACCGGCGCCGCGGCGUUACCUCGAAACUCACAAACCUCAAAAGAGCUUCGAUUCUAGCGAAAUCUUUCGUUUUCACCAUUAUCCCGAAACUCUUUAUAAUCCUCAAAAAAGUUUCGACUCCAGCGAAAAUAAUUACGACCUACAACGGUUAUGCCCACCUGCCUCGCCUCAAAUUGCGCGAAUAAGAGGUAAUCACCCUCUAAAUUACUCGACACCCAACUAUUACAUUUCGUCCGGUGACGAAAGGGCGGAUUACCACAGCGAUACCUGUUACCACAAUCAAUAUAGGUCGCCCGACGCUGGUCCUUCCAUAUUUUCCGACAGCGAGACCGCUAAUAUCAAUACUAAAUCAGCCGACCAAAAGCGUAAAAUUCUGCCUAGAGUAAUGCCCGCCAUAAGCAAUAAUCGCCUUCAAUCACCCGAAAUUACCCGUAAAAAUGGCGAAGAAUCGAAGGCCUCCAGAACUCCAGAAAAACCGCCUUCGAAAUAUGUCGAAAACCUCGACAAAUCACCCGUGAUUGUAGCCGACGAUAACGACGAGAGGCAAACCUCCGAAAAUGACGCGCUCAAAGUUUCGGCCAAAAUUCAAAGGAAACCUAGUAUAGGCGACAUGGUUAACGCCGCUCUCUUCAAAAUAGUCAAAAGGAGCAAUUCCACUUCCCAUAUACCUCCUCAAGAUCUGGCGGGCGAUGUUGAAAAGCCUGAAAAACCGAACACUUUAUCGAAAAAAAAGUCGAAAGAAAUCGUCUCCCCCAAAUCGGACAAAUCAAGUAAAAAAUCACCCAACAAACCUAAAAUCGCGACGGACACCAAAAAGCAUGGUGCUAUCAUCUCUAAAAAGUCCGAAAAUGGCAAGAAUCCUAACCCCGCAACCCUCCUCAAAAACGACAAAGGCAACACCUUGCCUCAAAAUGGCGUCGACAAAUCAAAAUUACAAUCGUCUCCCAAAAUCCCGAACAACCUCGUCACUACAUCCUCAGUAAGCGGUGGCGUCGGUAGCUCUAAAAAUCUGCGAAAAGCGGUCCUACUCAAACAAGCUAGCAAGGAUUCUUACGAUAAAGGCCGACUCAGUAUAAGCAGUGGAAGUGGAAACGUAUCCUCAUCUUCCAAAAUGACUUCCUCCUUAAUCCUUCCCACUACCCCCACGCCUCCGCCCUCAUUAGCAAGUUCUUCCAAACAGUAUCCUAAAUCAUCUGCAUCUUCUACUUCUUCGAAAAUGUCAGUUACGUCCCGACCAACCUCCACCAAAUCUCCCGAUUCGCCUCUCCCUUCUACCUCCGAUAAUCAGAUAGAAGCCCCAAACCCGCAUAAGUGUUCGCCACCCGGUGAUGCUUCCGAUUUGCCUUACGAUAGUUUUAUAGAGGGUUUAGGCCCGGCCCAGAUCGUGGGUAUGCAAAUGUUAACCAGCCCUGCCUUGGGCGAUGUUCAAGUUUCGCUCCAAAACGUUAAAAAGCCCGCCAGCGUUUUAAACAUUUAUUCUUUCGCGACGAAUUCUCCUUCUACGACAUCAAAGUAUCCUAAUCACGAAUCGGAAAAAUUAUCAGCUCAGGAAGACGGGAAGGGACUCGAAGUAGAAGUCAUAAGGGCCAGAGGUCUGGUCUCCAAGCCUCACGCCAAAGUUUUACCAGCUCCUUACGUAAAAUUAUAUUUGCUCGAGGGAAAGAGGUGUGUCGCUAAGGCCAAAACCUCUGUCGCCAGAAGGACCCUGGACCCGUUGUAUCAGCAACAAUUAGUAUUCGAUCAAGACUACCGCGGAAAAAUAUUACAAAUAACGGUUUGGGGCGAAUACUCCAAACUCGAACGCAAGUCAUUCAUGGGCGUGUGCCAAAUAAGGCUCGAUCAUUUAGGUCUCGACAAAGGUGCCGUGGUCAUAGCCUGGUACAAACUCUUCAAUAACACCCCUUCCCUCAGUUCUCAGUCAGCGAACGCGCCGGUUAGCAACGUGGGUGGUUUAUUUAGCGGGUUAUCGAGCGAGAUUGCCAAAAAAUCCAAGGAUAAAGAUAGAGACGAAAAGAAAUCGCGACGCCGUGGCGGCGAUAAGGAAAGUAACAAGCAGUCACUCAAUAGACAGCGUUCCUUGUCUUCCAUCGAAAGAUCUUGAAAAUAUUUUUUUUUCUUUUCUAAAUGAUAAUUUUUAAAUCUCUCCCCACCCCCCUCCUAUUUUUUUUCUUGCACAUCUAUCCUCCUGGAAAAUAGUUUAUUUUACAAAAAUGACAUCAUAGUUUAAUUAAAGGCAUGAAUAUAAUUUUUAUAAUUAUUCCAAACAUUUUAGUAUAAUUCCUAAAACUAUAUUAUUUGUUUCAUAUAUUUAAUUCCAGUAUAAAGCAUGUAUUUUUAUUUUCAAAUCAAAGACACACAAAUAAAAAAAAAAUGAGCUUCCCUAUUUUUGAAUUAAAUCUCAAAACUAUAUUUCAUAUCAGAUUUUGAAUUAUUUUGUUUCUUCUUUAUUUUUAUUUU